AUGGGCUCCCAGGCCCAAGCCAGCUGGCUGGAAUCCUCAGCCUGGGCCCUGAGACCAGAUCCCAACAAAGCGAAAUGGGCGCAGUAUCAGUUCCUAGCUUGCUGGAAGAACAAAUGGAUUGAGCGCGGCUCCUGGCGCUGCUUUGGCGCGGGGACCCGCGAAGCUCUGGUCGCUACGUGCCGGGGCUGCUCGUGGGCUCAGAGCGCGGCGCAGCGGGGACCGCCGGCUGCGCCACUGUCCUCAGCACAGAUGGAGCCCGCCUUCCUGCGCGACCCCGGCUCGGGGCGUGUAUACCGGCGCGGGAAGCUGAUCGGCAAGGGCGCCUUCAGUCGCUGCUACAAGCUGACAGACAUGUCCACCAGCGCUGUGUUUGCACUCAAGGUAGUGCCAUGGGGUGGGGGCGAUGCUGGACACCUGCGCCCUCGGAGGAAGGUGGAGCAUGAGAUUGCCCUGCACAGCCGACUUCGGCACCGAAACAUUGUGGCCUUCCACGGACACUUCGCUGACCGGGACCACGUGUACAUGGUGCUGGAGUACUGCAGCCACCAGUCCUUGGCCCAUGUGCUGAAGGCACGACAGACCCUGACGGAGCCUGAGGUGCGCUAUUACCUACGGGGCCUGGUCAGUGGACUGCGCUACCUGCACCAGCGGCACAUUGUGCACAGAGACCUGAAGCUCAGUAAUUUCUUUCUAAACAAGAACAUGGAAGUGAAGAUCGGAGACCUGGGGUUAGCCACCAGGGUGGGGCCAGAGGGUCACUGCCACAGAGUGCUCUGCGGGACUCCAAACUUUCUGGCCCCAGAGGUGAUAUCCAGAAAUGGACACUCAUGCCAGUCAGACAUCUGGGCUCUGGGUUGCAUAAUGUACACAGUGCUGACUGGCAUCCCACCUUUCACGGGGGCACCCCUAUCAGAGAUGUACCAAAACAUCCGUAAUGGCCACUACCCGGAGCCUGCCCACUUGUCACCCAAUGCACGACGCCUCAUUGCCCGCCUCCUGGCACCCAACCCAGCUGAGCGGCCCAGCCUGGAUCACCUGCUGCAGGAUGAUUUCUUCACACAGGGCUUCACUCCACAGCGACUGCCCCCCCACUCCUGCCACAGCCCACCCAUCUUUGCCUUCCCCCCACCUCUGGGCAGGCUAUUUCGGAAGGUGGGUCAGCUGCUGCGGACGCAGUGCAGGCCACCCUGCCCCUUCACUCCCAAAGAGGCCCCAGGCCCAGGAGAAGAGGGGCCAGAACUUGACUUGAUGGAGUGGGGCAGCGAGAGAAGGGCUCCCUACCCUGAGGCCCCCAUCUACCUGCUCAUGCAAGGGACCCUGCGAAGUGAUUCAGCAGGUUCCAAUGGGAGCCCACAGCUGGAGGUGGAGGCAGCCAUCAGGAAACUGCGGCUCUGUCUGGAUGUUGGCCCUGUGGCCACACAGGACCUCCCUGGGGAGCAGCAGCCCAUCCUCUGGGUUUCCAAGUGGGUAGACUAUUCCAGCAAGUAUGGCUUUGGCUACCAGCUUUCAGAUGGGGGCAGUGGUGUCCUGUUUCGAGAUGGCACCCACAUGGCCCUGCGCCCCCCAGGAGGCCAAGUGUGCUAUUUACCUUCACGCGGGGACCUUCAGACGUUCGCCCUGAGGGACGUGCGGGGCCCGCUGCGCGCCAAGCUGGCGGUGCUGAGGCUCUUGGCCUGCUACAUGCAGAGACGGCUGCGAGAGGAGGGGACGGCGUCCGAACCCACGCCGCCCGCCGCGCCCAGCCUCUGCCUGCUGCGCUUCAUCACAGCUCCACAGGCGCUGCUGCUGCUGCUGAGCGACGGGACACUGCAGGUCAACUUUGGUGCCACUCAGGACCAGCUGGUACUGUGUGGCGAAGGUGAGGGGCUGCUGCUCACCCACCGGGAGCCAGGCCAACCCAGAGCCUGCUACUCACUGAGUGCUCUGCGGAGUCACGGCUGUGUCCCUGCGGCCUACCAGUGCCUCCUCUUUGCGUUCCACAUGCUGCAAAGUGUCCAGUGUCCCUGA